AUGCAUAUUGAGUUCAUUUGUGGUCUGUGAAAGUGACAAAGUCUUAUUUAAAAAUUGGAUUUGUAUUUCUAUGAUUUCUAUUUAUUUGUGUUCUUUAAAAUAACCUAAACUUUACUUAAUUUAAUUAAACAUAAUUUACUUACACUUACACAUACCUUUCAUCAAGAAAUGGCUCAAGUAUCCUGAAAUUCAAUCCGUAAGAAGUAUUAAAAUGUCUGAACAUAACUCUAACUCUAACCAAUCAACAAAUAACAAAGAAGAAAGGCCAAAGCUUAAGAUAUUGGCUUUCCAUGGGUAUCGGCAGAAUGGCACAGUGUUCAAGAACAAGAUUGGUUCAUUCAGGAAGGCCGUCUCUAAAUAUGCGCAGCUGACUUUCAUAUCGGCACCACACAAAGUCUACAGCGAAGACGGUGGUAGUGAUGAAGAUUCUCGCUCUUGGUGGUUCAAUGCAGAGGACAACACAUUCAGUGGCAAGUGUUUGGGAGGACCAGCCAUUGGGUUUGAGGACACCUUGCAGCUCAUAGAGAGGGUUGUGAGUGAACAUGGCCCAUUUGAGGGCUUCAUGGGGUUCUCGCAGGGUGCUUGUCUUGUUGGACUGCUGGCUGCCAUGCAGCAAAAAGGAUAUUUACCAUACACAUUCAAGUUUGCUAUUUUUGCAUCUGGGUUCAGAUCCGGGAGCUUAGUCCACAAAGCCUUCUAUGAUGAAGAUAUCAAUCUCCGAUCACUACAUGUGUAUGGUGAAAGUGAUUCUAUUAUUCCAAAAGAAAUGAGUGAGUCACUGAUCAAUUUAUUCACGAAGCCUGUGGUGGCGGAGCACUCGGGUGGGCACUAUGUGGCAUGCUCGGGCUCCAUCAAAGAUGCAUACUUGGAUUUCUUUCAUGACAGAUAUCAGGAUCUCAUUGAGGGACCUAUGAGAUCCAAUAGAAGAAAUUCAUAAUUUACAAAAGUAAUGCUUAGCUAUUGUUAAAUGAUUUGGUGUAAGACUAAAUAAAGUUAAGAGAUAUGAUUAA